CAGAGCUGAUUUUUAUAUCUGUCGAGACGAAAAUCCGGUUUUCCCAUUACCUACGGUCCUACCACUCGUAAUCCCCUGAAGUAGACGAUCCAGCACUAAUCCAGGAGCUGAUUUUCCAGAAUCUAGGCUAUCUACCCAGGUAGCCAGGUAACUUAACCAGAGCUUUACUGCAUCCGGUGCGCGAAUUUCCUGAACUUCUUGCAGUUCAAAGAACGGACACCAUAAUUUGUCUGUCAGUCGACUGGCAUAGCCACAUACCUAGUCGCCGUCUUCUCUAACCUCCUCACUCCUCGCGCCGCAUAACGAAAUGCUUGGUGUGGCCGCCAGCAUGUGAUAUGGAGUAUGCUGUAUGGAGCUCACUAGAGCUUCGAGUGCGCACCAUUAUCCCACACUGUGGAUAUGUGUGACGGACACCAGCUGUCUAACAGUGCGGCGUCCUGUUUUUGAGAGUCUGUCCUGAUGCCUUUACCAUCAGAUUUACACGACUUGAUAGGUCCAAUUCAGUAAACAAUGCUAUACAAUAUAUAAUUUUCUAUUUAAUCUGGUUCCCUACCUGCCCAUCAUGUUCAUCUUGUCCUCCAUCUUGACGAGAUCUGAUCCAUUCUAUCUUGCUUACCUAUGCUUAUGCUGAUGCUUAUGCUGAGCUAUAAUUCGAUUCGCACACCCCUUUAAAGCUUACCCCUGAAAAUGGACGACCCCGGGCUUAACAAGCAUGGAAUCAAAUGGGAUGAUGAGGAGGCGGGAAGACCUCAGCGCGGGCUUCGUCGUACACAUUCCAGCGGGUCGAUGUCUAUUCGCAGCGCCCGUUCACGACGUGAAGUUGAUCCAUCCAUUGCUCUCCCUAUUCAGUAUCGGACUGUAUCGUAUCAGAUCGAAGAUACCAUACAGAAAGAUGUCACAGCGCAGUCAAGGGCGAAAGACGCGGCAACCAAGGAGCUAUCAUCACUUGAAUGGCAUAUAAUAUCAACUGACGAGGCUCUUCGUCGUCUCAGCGCAUCGAUGACGGAGGGUCUCUCGAACGAACAGGUUGCUCGCAGACAAAAAGAAUAUGGUCGGAAUGCUCCAUCUCCGCCAAAGUCCCAUACCCUUCAGAAGUAUUUCGGUUACUUCUUCAAAGGGUUCGGUCCUGUACUGCUGGUCGGGGCCAUCCUCGUCUUUGUAGCAUGGAAACCUCUUGGUGAACCCCCGGCUCUAGCUAACCUGGCUCUUGGGAUUGUCUUAGUUGCCGUGUUCCUCAUUCAGGCUGCGUUUAAUAUGUUUCAAGACUGGAGCUCGUCAAGAGUGAUGAGUUCUAUCAAGAACAUGCUUCCAGAGGAUUCUAUGGUCAUCCGAAAUGGUGUACAGACCUCCCUUGAAGCCCAGGAGCUUGUCCCUGGAGACGUUGUAUUUGUGAAGGCAGGAAACAAACUACCAGCCGACUUGCGUUUUCUCCAAGUUUCUAGUGAUGCCAAGUUCGACAGGUCUAUUCUUACUGGAGAGUCUCUGCCUCUCGCGGCGACUGUCGAUUCCACCGACGAAAACUAUCUCGAGACUCGUUGUAUCGGCUUGCAAGGUACCCACUGCGUUUCCGGUUCCUGUAUUGGUCUGGUCGUGGCGACAGGUGACCGUACAGUAUUCGGUCGGAUCGCUGCAUUGACAAACGAGCCCAAAGCGAAAAUGACCACUCUAGAAAAGGAAGUUCUAUACUUUGUCGUCAUCAUUUGCUCCAUUAUGUUGGCUAUGAUUACCGUAGUUUUGGUCGUCUGGGGUGCUUGGCUAAAGAAAGCCCAUCCAGGUUGGAUCAACGUCCCGACUCUCAUCGUUGACUGCGUCAGCGUGGCUAUUGCUUUUAUCCCAGAAGGUCUGCCCAUCGCAUUGACUGCUGGCUUGACGAUUACGGCGAACUUGAUGCGAAAACACAAGGUCUUGUGUAAAUCAUUGAAGACUGUCGAGACCCUGGGGUCUGUCUCAGUCAUCUGUUCGGACAAGACAGGAACUCUUACCGAGAACCGAAUGACGGUUACCGAAUGUACCAUCGGAACCCACACCAUUACGGUCGACGGAGCUGAAGAUGAGUUAGAGCUAAGCACUGCACCAGCCAUCGCGGGGAUGGUUACCACGGGCGUCGAUCAAGUACGUGCUAUCUCCGGGCUCUGCAAUGCUGCAGAAUUUGACGCCGCUACUAUGGAAUUACCCAUCGAGAGACGCCGCGUUUUCGGCGAUGCUACCGACCAGGCGGUGUUGAGGUUCUCUGAGCGAUUUGGAUCAGUACACCAUCUACGUCAGUGCUGGCAGAAAACAUACGAACUGGCCUUCAACAGCAAGAACAAAUACAUGAUUAGGACGUUCUCAAUGUUCAGGAAAGAUUGUCUCAAAGCAACUUUAUCGGAAAACGAGGCGAAUGUCUUCCACACGGGUGAUACUCUAUUGACCAUCAAGGGAGCCCCUGAUGUUCUUAUCAGUAGAUGCUCCUCCUUUGUCAACAAUGCCGGAGAUGUACAUCCAUUCGACGAUGAAAUGCGAGCAUCAUUUGAGAACGUAAAGAAUACGUACAGCAGCCAAGGAAAACGCUGUAUUUUGCUUGCUCGCAAAGUCAUCCGCCAAGACGAAUUGCAGCAUCAAUCUGGAACAGGCCAAUUUGAGGAUGAGAUCACCGAGCAAGCUAAGUCGGGCUUGACUUUAGUCGGUCUUGUGGCUAUCGUCGAUCCCCUCCGUCCAGAAAUUCGCGAAGUGGUGUCAACGCUUCGUGGCGCUGGUAUCAGGGUUUUCAUGGUAACCGGUGACUUUGCUCUUACUGCGCUUGCAAUUGCCCAAGAUGCCGGCAUCGUCAGCUGCUCAUCCUCUUCGGUCCACGACAUAUCCGCACUACACAGAGACCCAGCAGACGGUGACAUUAAACUCACCGAAUCCCGCUCAUCAAUCCUCAUCAGUGGGCCAGAGUUACUCGGCCUCAACGAGUGCCAAUGGAAGACUCUAACCCAGUACGAGGAGAUUGUCUUCGCUCGGACAACACCAGAACAAAAGUUACGUAUCGUGAAAGAGUUUCAAGCCGAAAGUGUUGUCGCCAUGACCGGAGACGGUGUGAACGAUGCGCCAUCUCUCAAGGCUGCCGAUGUUGGCAUCGCCCUGGGAAGCGGCUCUGAUAUAGCUAUUGAGGCAGCCGACAUGGUUUUGCUUGAAUCGUUCUCCUCGGUUGUAGAGGCAGUACAGUAUGGCCGUGUGGUAUUCGACAACUUGAAAAAGGUCAUAUGCUACCUAUUACCCGCUGGAAGUUUCGCGGAAUUUUGGCCGGUUAUGACCAACGUCAUCUUUGGGCUUCCUCAAGUCCUCUCAUCCUUUCUCAUGAUUAUCAUCUGCUGUUUUACCGACUGUGCUGCCGCGACAGUCCUCUCUUACGAGAAGCCCGAGGCCGACGUGCUAUUGCGAAGGCCACGUAAUGUUAAGAAGGACCGGCUCGUCGACUGGCAACUCGUCGGACAUUCAUACGGUGUCCUCGGCAUGAUCGAAACUCUAGCAUCAUUCGCCAUGGCUUAUUGGUAUUUAGAAAAGAACGGCAUACCUUUCAGGGUGCUCUGGUUCUCUUUCGGAAACCUUCCAGAUUGGAUCGACCCGGUCUAUUAUGCCGAGAAGCUCAAUGAGGCAUCUUCAAUCUAUUUUGUCAAUCUCGUCGUCAUGCAAUGGUUCAACUUACUUGCUGUCCGCACACGUCGCUGGAGCAUCUUCCAACAUCCCCCGGCCUUAAAUAAAGAAACUCAAAAUUUAUACCUUUUCCCGGCAAUCGUCUUCGCAUUGUCGAUGGCUAUCCUCUGGCUUUACAUCCCGCAGCUACAGUCGGUUUUGGGAACUUCGCCUGUGCCAGUAGAACACUGGUUCUUACCUUUCGCUUUCGGCUUGUUCAUUCUUCUAUUCGACGAAGUGCGUAAGUUUCUAGUAAGGAAAAAUCCCAACGGGUUGAUCGCCAGGUUAGCUUGGUAAAAUCCUUAGGUACAGAUACACCAAGUCUGUAGCCAUUAUUCGCCUUUGUCCUUCCUUUAUACGAUACUUCAAGAAAUGUCAUUGUUGUCAAUGUAGUCCCUGUUGAUAUUAUUAAAUCUAUUAUAUCUGUACCUCGUACUAAAUUGUAUUUUUUUCAAGUACCCAACUACCUGGGUACUUCACCAACACCGCAACCCCUUUCUUUAAUCUUGUGUAACCAUCACCUACCUAUCGAACUAAGCGUCUCAGGGGCAAACGCAAUGCAUUCGUACCGAACAGAGGUAGGUUACCUCGGUAAUCAUAGUUAAACAUUCAAAACGCCUUCUCUAUGCUUGUCUAUAUAUAUACGCUCACGCGUCCAAAGGACGUCAACGAGGAUUUCAUCUCUUCCAGAUCCGAGAAACCGUCUCGAAGUAGAUAUCACCACAUCUGUCACCAUAUCCGUCACCACGUCCGUCAUCACAUCCGCACCACCAAUUUCUUCCCUUUUAAAUUUCCUUUCUUUAGCAUCUCCAAACCCCCCUCGACCGAGUGUAGUCCUCCUUCAAUCAAGUGUAGCUCGGGCAAAACGAUCUUG